AUUUCAUGAGUAUAAAAGACGAAUCUUUAUAAAUUAUAUGGCAUUACCAAUCCAAUUGUCUACUGCUCUACUGUCAAGCUAGCUGCCAAAACGAUCAUUUUUCAAUCACAACUUUAAACGACGUAUACUUAAAUAUUUAAGUAUUUAGUGUUAUAUGGAUUCUUGUAUAAUAGACAUUGGAGACGAUUUUAUUGUGAAAAAAAAAUCAUAUUUGAAAAUGAUAACAAAUCAAUCGUUCAUAAUAAUUUUAUUGGGAUUUAUAAUCAUAGCCCAAGCGGGUAUAUUUUCAAUUACAACAAAACGCAAUCUAGAACUGGAAAAUAACAAAAAAGAAGCGAGAAUGCUCAUGAAUAAAAUAAGAAACCUAUCAAAUAAAAUAGUUGAAGAAGAGGAGACACGUCUCGAACAAUCUAACAUUACCACACACGAAGUCAAGGCAUGGCAGGCGAUGUAUACAGGUUUAUCUAAAGGUUAUGGGAUACUAGAAAAAAUAAUGAAAAAAGAUGCUGCACCAUCAAACUCUAUAGCAGGAAAUAAUACUAACAAUUUAAAUAACACAAAUGGGACAAAUAAUGGGAUUAUAAAUUAUGGGAUUAUUAUAAAUUGUAACCACACUAACCAGUGAUACCCCCAGAUAGCAAGAUAACAUUUUUUGAUCGUUUAUAUAUUAUUAUUUUUAUAAUGAUUACAUUAUAUAAUUAUUUGGAUUUCAUCAUAUUUUGAUUAAAUAAUAUGAUAUUAAUGUUUAUAUAUUGUUGUUUGGCCACCGGUUUGAA